GUCGAUUUUGAGCAGUUAAUGUUUAUCCUUGUGUUACUAGGUAAGUUCCAACUCUCCUGCAUCUCCUGUAUCACUUUUAUCCACCUCCAUGUCCCUUUCCAAGCAUUCUACCGUCGUUAUACUCCAGCUAUUCCAGGAUGGAAGAGAACCGAGAAUUCCUUAGGAAAGGUUUUAAUUCGAUUAACAGCAAAUCAGAAGAAAUCAUCUGUACAGAUCUCGCUUUUACAACGACUCACCCUCCCGAUGUCUCGCACAGAAGCCGCAUUGUAGCUGUCUGCGGUAUCACCGACCAUGACAAGCUUGCGGAUCCGGAGAAUGAUGGAUGGCUCUUUAGCGACUUCUAUCUAUUUCACCAUCUAUUCAACCCCCUUCACGUCCGCACUUCAUCUCAAACAUGGUUGACAUGUGUCGACCCAGCGCACCUGGUGGCCAAAUAUGGUGAAUAUGGUCACGGCGAUCCUCGAAACGAGCGCCGAAUUGUCCUCGAAGAAGCGCUUUUGCCAGAUAUCCACCGAGCUGGGAAUAUCCGCGUUGUGGAUAGACUUGUCUUAUUGGAACGUUUCGUGGAGACGGUCGAAGAGCAAGCUAGAGAGGCUGAAAAGAACAGUGAACAUCUAGUUAUUUUUAUUUUCGGCCGUGGUCGGGGCGGUGAUUAUGGAGUCUACAUUGGCGAACCAGGCCAUACUGUACUGCAGGUGCGGAGAUUAAGGCAGGCUAUACCACGGGGGCUGAAUACGACUCUCCUUCUGACUUCACGCUAUUCGGGACGCUGGUUAAUUCAGCCGGAUGUGAACUAUAAUCGCAGAUUGAAUGUAACUGGAAUUGCAGCAGAGACUACUAUGUCCUGGUCCAUGAGUGACAGCGUCGGCCGUGCCUCUGGAAGCACAAUCGCCCCUGCAAUACUCAGUCAGUUAAUAGACAUCGAGGAGAAUGAAGGUGCAGAGGAUGCUGCAAGCUCCCAUCCAACCUAUAUCGACCUUGCCACAUCAAUCUAUGACAAAGCGAUUACACUUGACACAUUUUUCAAGGACCAAAAUGUGCAUUUCUCUGCACAAGACGAUGACUGGGAAGUCCAUUGGAAGUCACGAACAGGGAUUCCACUUGCAAGACUCAAGGAACGGUGGGAAUGCCUGCGGCAGAUCCUGCCAAGUGAGACCAAGUCUACCGGUGGGGAACACCCUUUGGCGAACCGACAGAAGGGCUCUCUUCAGCGAGAUCUUCAUCACUUUGCAGUAGAGUAUUUGAUUGCAAGGCCGGGCCGACAUAACGUGGCGUCCAACCUUUCUUUAUAUGGGCGCCUGAACAAGUUCUUCAGAGGGGACCCUGAGGGGUGCACGACAGAGAGAGUCCAAGGCUUGCUGAACCGGGUAGUAUACAGGUUGAACAUGAUGGCGGACGCGGACGAAUACGUCAAGGCGAUGGGCUUCAAGUACUCAUCGUGCAUCGGCUUCUCUGUCGAAGAUCACGAACUCCGUGGUUCGCAGCAAAAAAAUAGAAGCGCAGCUCUGGAUUAUGUGUUCCGGGCGAAACUGUUCCCACGCAUGUCCCGUGUCGAUUUCCCGCAUUUUACAAAACCAGAGAACUAUCUUGCGAUUGUCCUUGUUGAAAACUGCAAAUCAGAGGCUGACAUCAAGGAGCGAGUGGAUAGGGCUUUGUGUUGGAAACGAGUGAGAGAUACCACGAUUCUCCCACAAGUCCAGGCCGGCAAAAUCGUAAAUGACCAUCAUGUCCGUGCCAAACUCCACGCAUGUGUUUCAGCGCUCAGAGAGAUAGGCCACAGGAUACACGUAAAGACGAACUUGUUGACGCCUAGCCACCGAGGGUAUUCGGCCGUUCAUCCUGAUGUGCCAACACCUUAGGUUUUCUAGGCCGAAAACCAUUGAAUGGACAAAGCUGAGGUACUGCACAACUCUUAGGUUUAUCAUCCUACCAUGCUUUUUGUCUUUUUAUCCUUCUUCUUCUCCUUCUUCAAGGCCAGCAGCACCGCUGAUGGCUCAGUCCUGCUAUAGCGAAUUAAAUGAGAGAGACGGUAACCUCGCUACAACCAGAAACUCGCGAUAUCCGUUUGGUGUAGAAAUAUAACGUAAAUCACG